ACAUAUGCCAGGCUGUGGCAGCAGAGCAGGGGCCCCCACUGCAUGCACAGGGAGGGGAGCUGCUGUGGUCCAUACAGGUCUAUAGGGCCUGGUAGGCGGGGCUGGGCAGUGUCACAGACCACUGGGUCUGAUACGAAAGUAUGGACCUGGACUGGAGGGGAGGCCCCAUGGGGUGCUAAAGGCAGUCCAUAUGGGGCUAUACAAACCUGGGCAGGAGGAGAGGCCCCACAGGGCAUUACAGAUGGUCCAUACGCCCUCUAUGGCCUGGGCAGAGGGGGCAGAGCUGGAGGGCAGGCCCUGCGGGGUGGAUGCCGGCCGGGCAGGGGCGCUCGUGAGGGUUCUGACCGCUGCCUUUCGCAGUCCGCAAGUAUCUGAGCCUGGAGCUGGAGGCGGUGCUGGCCAGCAGCGCCCGCUCUGCAGAGGUGCUGGAGCUGGGGCAGGUGCUGGACUCGGGUCGGCGUCCGCUACAGCGUCUCGUGAGUGCCACCCGGACGCCAGGGCUCCUCAGGGGUGAGAGCAAUGGGAGCGCGGGCACCUGGGUUCCCUCCUGGCUCAGGGACAGGGGCCUUGGUGGGGGGAGGGGCAGGAUACUGAAAAGUUCCAGUGGGGUUCCCCCCCCCUUCUAGGUCUGUCUCUCCCCAGCUCCUUCCCCCUUUUCCCUUCUCCUGCCCCAGGGAGACGCAUCUGGCCGAGGCACUGGUGAGUGGCUGCUGCAAUGCAGCAUCCACACCGAGUGCCCUGGGAGCCUGCGCUACGCUAAGGUCAGCCGGUUUCCCCCUGCUCCACGAGGGCAGCGGGGCCUGGGCUCUCUCCCUGGCGCCUCAGACCUUCCCAGGGCCAGAGCCAGACCAUGAGCACCCUGCGCAACCUGGUGCACAAGGGGGUGAAGGUGGACCUGGGCGUCCCCCCAGAGCUGUGGGAUGAGCCCUCGGUGGAGGUCACCCAGCUGAAGCAGCAGGAAAACGCAGGUCAGCCCCGCGAAACCCUCCUGGGCAGCUUUUUAUCCCUCGCCGCCGCCCGUUCAUUGGCUGCUUCCAAAAUGGCGGCCCCCACUACCUGAAGACCGCCAUUUCCAAGAUGGCAGCACCCAGUGCGGGGUAUAGAGGAGGCGCGCCUAUGUCACUUCCGAGGAGGAUGAGUGCCCCCCACUCCGGACCGUACCUCUGGUGUGCGGGCUCCGCUGCUGGGCGAGACCAUCGUGGCGUCGCAUACAGACACCUACGACCCUGUCACCUUGGACCUCCAGGGGCCACGUCCCUUGACCCCUUCUACUCAAGCCUACUGGACGACAGCCCAGCUGUGACCUCUGCAGGCCCUGCCCCCAUGAAUCCACCUCGGGAUCCUCUCUGAUCUGCUGAGCCGUGAACCCCGACCUCCAGCUUCUGGAGGGGUCUCAUCCAUCUGCAGCCUUUGACCUCUGGGGCCUGCACCCUUGACUCCCCCACAUCUCCACCCUCCUUCCGUGACCCACAGCCCCCCAUGACCGACCCCGGGGCUGCACCCACAGUGCGCACGGCGCUGCUGGGCACACGGCGGAUCAUGGGCAGCCCCUACACGGUGGUGGUGCUGCAGGAGGGCUACCACCAGCCCACGCCAGAUGGUGGUGCGCGGGCUGAUGGGACGGUGACGCUGCUGCGGGGACCGCUCCCCAUGUUGGUGGACACAGGGGGCCCAUGGGGUCGCGAGCGGCUCCUGGCAGCGCUGGUUGUGAUCACUGCCAUCCACUUCCAGGCAGCUGGGCAUCAGGGCUGCUGCGGGAACCGCUGCGGGAUGUUCCUGUCCAUGCUGAUGGCGGUGCUGGGCAUAGGGGGUGCGAUCUAUGCCAUGACGGUGUCGGGGCUGGCACUGGUCCGUGGGCCCCUGUGCCAGUAUCUCCUGCCCGAAGGCAACCUCUCAGAUUGGGGACGGCCCUUCCAGGGCCCACCCUGGAAGUCCGAUGAUGAUGAUGACUUCAGGAAGUCGAGCUACCUGUUCCACCCGGAACUCUGGGGGAAAUGCCACAACCCGCCGGACGUGGUGAAGUUCAACAUCAUUCUUUUCUCACUGAUCCUGGGGGGAGCCGUGCUGGAGCUGCUGCUCUGCACUGUGCAGUUCUUCAACGGCUGUGCUGGCUGCAUCUGUGGCCCCCGGCUCCGCAAGCGCCCUGUGAGUGCCUCUUAUUCCCAGCAGGCCCCACCCCAGAGCCAGCCGCCCUGCAGGGCUGGCCGCAGGCUGUGACAGUGACAGAUGGGGACUCACCUCCUUCCUUU